AUAUAAUAAAUAAAAAACAGAUAUAAUAAAUGUUACAUAUAAAAAAUAUUUAACAAAUAAUUAUUAGAUGUUACGAAAAAGUUGAACGUAUUUCAGAUAAGAAAUGUGUAGUUGAGAUAAAAAAAAACUGAUUAAAAUUUCCUCUACAGUAUACAUUUCAUAAAUGCUAGACUUGUAAUUACUAUAACACAGUAUACAAAACACAUGCCAAUUAUAGAUAUAUUAAAAAUCUGAUACUUUCUAUACCUUAAUACCUUUAAGUAUUCUUUAGUGCUUUAAUAUGAAUACAGUUUUUAUUUUAUUCAUAAGGCACCUGCACUUCAAAAUCUAUUAAAUCAUAUAUAAGUUUGAUAAAAUAUGUACAAAGUUAAAGUUAUUUUAACUGUAUCUUCUCAAAAUGUUAUAUACUAUUUGCAUUAUGUAUGAAAUCCGUAUUUCUGUACUUUUCUAUUAUUAUUAAAUUGAUUAUAAACAUAUAUUUUAAUUGAACCUAUGUGUACAUAUGUAUAUUUUUCACCAUCCUAUUUAUUCAUUGUUUGAUUAAAAAAAAGUAUGAAAAUAAGUUAUACAAUAAAUUGAGGAACUAAAUAAAGAACAUAUAUGUAAGUACAUAUGUAGUCACGUAUCGAAUGCAAUUGGUUACUGCAUUAAUUCUUCAGACUUAAGGAACAGUAGUUUGAAAUAAACGACACAUUAAAAUAAGACGGAUAUUUUUUAUAUGUUUAAUAAAACUUGAUCUAUUUUUUAUAAUGAAUUUAGGAAAUUUCUGCCGAGCUCUGCCAAAAUUGGAACUUCAUGCUCAUUUAAAUGGAUCCCUAAGCAUGGAUACCUUGAAGAAAUUGUAUAAAAUGCAAAAUCCUAAUUCAGAAGAUUCUGACAAAAUAUUUACGAGUAUAAAAGAUUUUUCAUCAUUAGGCGAAUGUUUCAAAGUAUUUGACAUAGCACAUUCAUUAGCAAUAACACCAGAAGCAGUUUUUCAUUCUACCUAUGAAACAAUUAAAGAAUUCAAAGAUGAUAACGUAAUAUAUUUGGAGCUUAGAAGCACACCACGUGUUAUUGAAGGGAAAAUGACAAAAGAAGAAUGUGUAGAAGCAAUUAUAAAAGCAUUUGAGGUGUGCAAGACUGAUUUUCCAAGCAUAUUAUUGAAGUUAUUAAUAUCUAUUAAUCGUAAACAAGGAUACAAAGCAGCACAAGAAAACAUAGAAUUAGCAAUAGAUUUUAUUAAGAAAUAUCCCCAAUAUAUCGUUGGACUUGAUCUCAGUGGAGAUCCAAUGACAGGAGGUACAUUUUUAGAGUUAUUGGAAAAGGCUAGAGUGGCUGGACUUAAAAUUGCAAUCCAUUGUGCAGAGAUUUCAAAUGAAACUGAAACAAUAGAUAUCCUUGAAUUUAAACCAGAUAGAUUGGGGCAUUGCACUUGCAUUCAUCCCACGCUACAAGGAUCAAACAAAAUAUUUAAUUUGCUUCUUAAGUCGAAAAUUCCUGUAGAAUUGUGUUUAACUUCGAAUGUUCAAUGUAAAACAGUACCUACUUAUGAAUCUCACCAAUUUAAAUAUUUGUUUGAAGCUGGACAUCCUAUUUGUCUUGGUACCGAUGACAAAGGUGUUUUCCAUACAUCUUUAUCUCACGAAUACGAAAUAGCUAGUUCAACGUUUGGUUUAGAACGAGAACAACUCAUAAAACUUUGCCUAUCAUCUGUACAAUAUGCUUUUGCGACAUUAGAAGAGAAACAAGCAAUAUUGUGUAAGAUCGAACAAUUUGCUAAAGAAUAUAACGUUACAUAUUGAAAUUGUAAUGAGUUAUCGUCAAUGAGAUCGACAAUUGAUGUCGCUAGAUAUAUGUAUAAAAAUUUGGUAAAAUUUAUAAACAUUCAUUAUAUACAUGUUGUAUAAAGGCGUAACGAAGUCAUAGAUUAUUGAAAUAAAAGUAAUAUCGAUUUUAUUCGUUAUAAUAAUUGUGGACUCGUUUACAUGGAUUUACAGAUAAUUAAAUUGCUACUUGCGGAGACUAAAAUAGUUACUGUGAUCAAUCUUCUGUUUUUUUUCUUUUUUUUUUUUUAAUUGUAUAUGGUAUAUACAACGUAUAUAAUAAUUAUUACAAUAUUAUACCUGCAAAUGUGCUGUAUUUUUGUUUUGACAUUGAAGAAAAAAAUUAGUAAUACUUACAAACCGGCGUCAGUCUAGUCGGUUAAAUAAACAUUAACAAUUGUCUUAUAAACUAUGAAAAUUAUCGAGCGC